AUGAAUGUACAGGAUAGAAGAAGGAUCCUUGGCCCCCAGAAUGCUAAGCCAAUCACUUUUAGUUCAGUGCGGAGCGAAACGGAUGCUGGAAGCUCAACAGAAGACGAUAAUGCUAGAUUAGUUGAAAAAGAUGGACAAGGAUCUAUGUUUAUAAAAAGUGGGUUAGUCAGCAAUGCCAACGGGUCCUCAUAUCUAGAAUUAAAUGGAAACUCGCAUUAUUCAUUGUUAGUCACAUCGGUAUACGGGCCUCGUCCCAUUCGUGGGUCAUUUACUUCUCAGGCGACGGUGUCCGUACAGUUCAAGGAAGUAACGUUGGAAAGGUGGAGUUCAGGGGAGGUUAUGGAAAUAUGUAAUUUUCUAACCAAUGUAUUCAAUGCUGUAAUUCGAUUAGAGAGGUAUCCAAAAUCGGGAAUUGAUAUUUUUUUAAAUUUAAUUCAACAUAGUGAUUCUAAGAAGAGUGAAGAAGAUAUAAGCUUAGUAUCAAUUUUACCGUACUGUAUCAAUGGAAUCACCUUAGCUUUGGUGGAUGCGGGCAUAGAAGUAGUGGAUAUGGUAAGUGCCGGUAGAUACAACCGCAAUGUUAUUGCAUUUGGCAAAAACGGCGAAGAAAUUGUUGGCUACUGGCAAGAUGACAAUGAGGAAGACAUCCUGAAUGUCGUUCAAAAAUGCCGAGAAGAGUAUUUUAAAGGCAGAGAGACGAUGGUAAACUACUUAGUUUCUAAGAAUAGUGAUUCCAUGUAA